AUGCGUUCUCUGCACCUCACGCGCGCGGGGCCGCCCACGCGCGCCCAUCCCGGUGCCGCCACAUCCACCUUGCACCCGCUCGCGCGCGCCCUGCCGCGCCCCGGGCGCCUUGGCGUCCUCGCGCCACCAACGCUACGUGAAGCGUGCAGCCCACGGGAGCCGCGGGGCGCGACCGUGCCCUGCGCCACGCCCUCAAAACAGAGCCACGCCCCCGCGUCGGCCACAAACCCGACCCCGCCCGACGCGGGCAAGGCUCCCAAGCCCGGAUCGGCGAACUGGGGCGACACCGCGGGCGCCACCGCGGUUCUCCGGGACGUCACAGUCGCGGUCGGCUCCAACGAGCUGUUGAGCGACGUCGAGUGGAGCGUCAUGGCCGGGGACCGGUGGGCGCUCGUUGGACCGAACGGAGCGGGCAAGAGCACGCUGGUCAAGGCCAUCAUCGGGCUGGAGGGCGUCCUGGUCCCGUUUGGGUCGGUCACGCUCAAGCACGGCCUCCGGCUGGGCUACCUGGAGCAGACGGCUGUGGGGGGGUCGACGCGCACUGUCAGGGAGGAGGCUGCGAGCAGAAUGGACAGGCUGAUGGCAGCGAAGGAACGCAUGGACCGCGCGACGAUGGAGGUGGAGAACGGCAACAGCACAGAGGCGGCGCUGGAGGAGCUGAGCGCGUCGAUGGAGGCGUUCGAGGCCGCGGGGGGGUACAACGCGGACGAGAAAGUGAGCAAGGUCCUCAAGGGUCUCGGGUUCAGCGAGGAGGCGAUGGACGGCGCGUGCUCCGAGCUGUCCCUCGGGUGGCAGAUGCGGGUGGCGCUGGCCCGCCUGUUGCUGAGCGAGCCCGAGCUCCUGAUCAUGGACGAGCCCAGCAACCACCUGGACGCCGCGUCGCGGAAGUGGCUCGCGACGUACUUGUCGGAGUACGACGGCACCGUCCUCUUGGUCAGCCACGACGUCGAGCUGUUGCGCGGAGCGGCGACGUCCAUCGCCGAGGUGCGCGCGGGGACGCUGGAGACGUACCGGUCGCGGCCGUACGACAAGUGGGUCGUCGAGCGCGAGGAGCGCAUGGCGCAGCAGCAGGCGGAGUACGAGAAGACGCAGGCGGAGAUCGAGAGGCUGCAGGGCUUUGUUGACAGGUUUGGCGCCAAGGCGACCAAGGCGUCGCAGGCGGCGUCGCGGCAGAAGAUGAUCGAGCGGCUUGAGAAGUCGUCCCCGGACGCGCCCGUGGGGACGCUGAGGACCAGGGCUCCGAAACUGGACUUGCCGAAACCGCCCCCCUGCAACAAGGAGAUGCUCUUCCUGGACGACGCGAGCUUCGGAUGGGACGCGGAGGGCGACCCCGUGGUCAGCGGGGCGAAUUUGAAGGUCACGCGCGGCGACCGGGUCGUCGUUCGUGGACCGAACGGCGCGGGCAAGAGUACCCUCCUCGCCGCGGUGUCGGGGCGGCUGCCGCUCGCGUCUGGCAAGCGUCGCAAGGGAGAGGGGGUGUCACUGGGGUACUUCACGCAGGACCUCGCACAGGACCUGGACCAGAGCGCCGUGGCCGUCGAACUGGUCCUGGCCGAGGCGCGGCAGCAUGACCCGCUCAUCACGCAGGAGCGUGCCCGGAGCGUCAUGGGCGCCCUCGGGCUGUCUGCUGACAAGGCGCUGCGCACGGUGGGGAUGCUCAGCGGGGGGGAGAAGGCACGCGUGGUGCUGGCGAUGUUCGCGCUGGUGCCGCGCAACAUUCUGCUGCUGGACGAGCCCACGAACCAUCUCGACGUCCAGACCAUCGAGACGCUCGUACAGUCUCUCAAGGACUACCCGGGAGCACUCAUGGUCGUCAGCCACGACAAGCCCUUCUGCAUGGCCCUCGGGGCGUCGCACGUCGCGACCGUCCAGGAGGGCAAGCUGACUGUCGAGCAGCGCGACCUGCGUGACUCCGACUUCGAAAUCGCAUCCCUCGAGCACUCCGUUGCUCAGAGCACGAACGGUGCGCCGUCAUCGAACGGCUCGAAGGCGCGCGCGCCCGCGGCCAAGGGGCCUGCGCCGCCGCAGGAGAUGACCAAGGAAGAGAGGCGCGCUGCGGAAAAGCGACGGAAACUCAAGCUCGACGCGCCGAAGCUGGUCGGGAAGGUUGAGGGUAAGAUCGAGGCGGCCGAGGAGGAGAUGGCGGAGCUGGAGGCUGCUUCGAUCGAGGCAGGUUCGGACGUCGCGAAGCUCGCGAAGCUCGAGGACGACAGGGCGAAGCUGCAGGGCAAGCUGGACGACCUGUACGCGCAGUACGAGGAGCUGUUGGAGGUCCUCGAGGAGGCGUGA